AUGACCCCACGGCGUGUGAAGCGCCGAUCUGUGAUGCAACGGGGCACAACGAGUCGCCAAAGUACCACCAGCCGACGAAGCCACUCGAACAAUCGGAACAGUGUGCGAAAUUCCCGCCGAAAAGUACACCAAAAUCCGGUCACCAAGUUGAUGAACCAACAAAGUGCCGGCACGAUGACGCUCACCAAAACAUUUCCUCAGUUUGUGCACAACAAAAAUUCGGACCUUACUGAAUCGAAUUUGAAAUCGCUCAACAACGAUUACAUCAUGGGUCAACAAACGGCUUCGAUCCUCAACAAUUUCAGUCACGGGGCGAACAACAAUCUCAACACUUUCAACCACCCACCAAGGCACAACACACAUACCCCCACUUUACCGGACGGAAGUCCCAUUGAUCCAAUAUACUACAACAUGAAUUCCUCAUCCCCUCUACUGCAACAGCAGACCUCGUGGGCAUCUUCGAACCCAGGAGGAGUCGGAGGACACUCGAAUCCAACGUACCUUCAUUCGACCUCCAAUCUCAAUCACAGUCCUGAACUUAACGAGGAAUACUACACCAACAAUCGACCACCAUCGGUUCGAUCUAGCUACUCGAACUUCCACGGCACGCGACCUCUAAGCUCGUACUCAACCACCGGAGGAAACCUCAAUAUCCCACAGGCGACCAACCCAACCGGAACUAGCGAAAACGUGUUUGCCAGCCUCACCAAUCAACAGCAGUUACAGCAGCAGCAACAUCACCAGCAUCAGCACCGCCAGCUACAAGCGGCACAACAAUCGGUUGCCCAGCAUCAUUCGGGAACCACUACCCAUGUUGAUCCCACGUCGAUACCGCAGCUUUCCAGUCGACGUUCGGUGUCCCGCGAAAGUCUUCGUGCUAUGCAGUUCCUCAACAGUGGCCCACCGGCCUACAAUCUCAACUAUCACACACCACCGGACUCGGAGACCACUAUGUAA